AUGCGUCCUCUACUCAUUUUCUCUGCGCUAAUCUCAUUAUGUCUUGCUCAAAUCCAACCAGCACAGAAGACAGAAAACUGCCCGUUAUUAGGACCAGUAUUCCCAGCACCUACCGAGUUGAAGUCCUCGAGUGCCAUCAAAGCUGCCAUACAGACAUUUCCAAAGCUACUAGAGCAAGCACUAGGCGCAGGGCUGCUUGACAACGAGACCACCUCAUUCUCUGUCAAUAUCUUUUCCGCCAACGACACCCUCUACGAAACACAUUUUGCCGCCCCAGGACUCAAUGGUUCUCUAGCAGCGGGCACACUUAAUAACCAAACUGUCUAUCGUGUUGGCAGUUUGUCGAAACUAUGGUCCAUGUACACCUUUCUUCUAUCGGCGCCUGGUAAUCAGCUUGACCAACCAAUCACAAAGUUCAUCCCGGAACUGGUGAAUGCCUCCAGUGAGAAUCUUGGAGAUGGGACAGAAUGGGAAGACAUCACCAUCAGGUCGUUAGCUGGACAUCUCUCAGGUUUGGGGAGAGACUAUGGUAAUUACGAUUUGGCCAACGAAGCUGCCAAUUUCACGGCUCUGGGAUUUCCUGCGCUCACUCAAGCCGCGGAGCCAACUUGUGGCCAAGGAUUCACAACUGUUGACAUUAGAGAAUGCACACGCGCGAACUUUAUUCAGGGCAUUGUGUCCCGCCGUUCGGUGACCGCACCAUACAACACGCCCGUUUACUCGAACUUCGCAUAUAUUUUCAUUGGUUAUGCGAUCGAGUCCAUUACUGGAAAGAGCUUCUUUGACUCUUUCGAGGAUGUGGUCGGGAAGCCCCUCGGCCUCAAACGAACGUCCCUGACACCACCGACCGACAACAACACGAUUAUUCCCGGCAACCCCGAGACAAAUUCAUGGUUGGUGAAUGCUGGAGACGAGAACCCAACUGGUGGAUUCUUUAGCUCCCUUGCCGACGUGACAGCCGUGGCCCAAUCCAUCUUGAACUCCAAGCUACUGCGACCUGUGGUAACUAGAUCAUGGAUGAAGCCACUCACACACACGUCGAACCUCCGCAACGCAGUGGGCGCCCCGUGGGAGAUAUUCCGUCAGGAGCUUCCCAUCUCCAACAACACCGCUGCCAACAAUACCCGUAUCAUUGACAUCUACGCCAAAUCUGGCGACCUCGGGGGCUCGGAGCACUACUACGGCACGCUGACUGCAUUCGACAUGGACCACCACUUCGGCUUCAACAUCCUCGCCACAGGCAAACGAGCCGGUGCGGUGCGCUGGAUCCUCGGCUCCAUCAUCUCCGAAGUCUGGGUCAACGCCUUCGAGCAAGCCGCGAGAGAAGAGGCAGAAGUCAAGUUCGCAGGCACCUACGAGUCCACCGCCGCUGGCCCAGCGUCCAAUAUCACAUUCACACUGGACGACAACCGUCCCGGUCUCGGCGUCAGCGAGUGGUACAACAAUGGCGUCAACAUGAUUGCCAGUCUCCGCGCCAUCGACGGUAUCCCCACUGCCGCAAACGUCUCCCUUCGACUAUAUCCGCUGAACAGGUUCGGAGACGAGCUUGUCUUCCGGUCCGUGAUUGAGACAUUCCCCCAGACCUACGUCACGGGACCCAUGGCGACGAACUGCAUCACAUGGCCGACGGUCGAUUCAUUGUUCUACGGCGGUGCUGGGUUCGACGAGUUCGCGUUCAAAGUCGAGAACGGAGUGGCUACGGCAGUCACUCCAGCAGCGUUGAGGAACACGCUGGUAAAGCAGAAGUAA